CGCCCUCCCUCCAGUCUUCUCGCCAUGUCUGGCCGAGGGAAAUCGGGAGGCAAAGCUCGCGCCAAAGCGAAAUCGCGCUCCUCCCGGGCCGGCCUGCAGUUCCCGGUGGGGCGAGUGCACCGGCUCCUGCGGAAAGGCAACUACGCCGAGCGGGUGGGCGCCGGAGCGCCUGUCUACCUGGCGGCCGUCCUCGAGUACCUCUCGGCCGAGAUCCUGGAGCUGGCCGGCAACGCGGCGCGGGACAACAAGAAGACCCGGAUCAUCCCCCGGCACCUGCAGCUCGCCAUCCGCAACGACGAGGAGCUCAACAAGCUGCUGGGCGGGGUGACCAUCGCCCAGGGCGGGGUCCUGCCCAACAUCCAGGCCGUUUUGCUGCCGAAGAAGACCCAGAGCUCCAAGAAAUGAGCC